UUUUCAUGACGUCAUCACGCAAGACUUCGCGAUGGCGCGCGGCAGUUUGGCGCCUGGAGUCUCAGAGGCGCUGCGGAAGGGUAGUUGCCUGGCUUCGCGUCACCGUGGCAACGAGAACAGCAGUUUCCGGAGGUGUUGGCCGAGAUUUGUUGAUCUACAGAAUGCUUCGAUACCCAUAUUUUUGUAGAAUCUAUAAAAAAUUUCUUUCAUGUUGGUUGGAAUCUGGCGUAUUUAAUUUGGGUGUCUGGCCAAAAAAAAUACAUGCUACAGCAGAAAGAUAUAAUGAAAUCCAGGAGCAAGAAGAUCAAACUGGAGCUCAGGAGUUACGCAGAUCUCAAGAUAGAGAUUCUGAAGCAAUGACUAAAUUACAUAUUCCAGUAAUGGUGGAUGAAGUUGUUCAUUGUUUGGCACCACAAAAAGGUCAGUUUUUUCUAGAUAUGACGUUUGGUUCAGGAGGACAUACAAAAGCCAUUCUACAGAAGGAGUCAGAUAUUAUUCUGUAUGCCUUGGACAGAGACCCAACAGCUUAUGCAAUCGCUGAACAGCUUUCAGAAGUGUAUCCUAAACAGAUCCGAGCUCUCCUAGGCCAGUUCAGCCAAGCAGAAGCCUUACUAAUGAAAGCUGGAGUGCAGCCAGGGACUUUGGAUGGAGUUCUUUUGGAUCUUGGGUGUUCCUCCAUGCAACUUGACUCCCCUGAACGAGGUUUUUCCCUUCGGAAGGAUGGCCCCUUGGACAUGAGAAUGGAUGGUGGCAGGUAUCCUGACAUGCCCACCGCAGCUGAUGUUGUGAACGCUUUAGAUCAACCACUCGCGUCCAUCCUGAGAGCAUACGGGGAGGAAAAGCAUGCCAAAAAAAUUGCUUCAGCAAUCGUUCAGGCGCGCAGCAUCUACCCCAUCACCAGAACCCAGCAGCUCGCCAGCAUCGUUGCAGGUGCAUUUCCUCCCUCUGCUAUUUAUGCACGAAAAGAUUUGCUACAACGAUCUACCCAUAUUGCUACCAAGACUUUCCAAGCUUUCCGCAUAUUUGUGAACAAUGAGCUCAAUGAACUUUACACAGGACUGAAGACAGCUCAGAAGUUUCUGAGACCUGGUGGUCGCCUUGUUGCUCUCUCCUUCCAUUCCCUGGAGGAUCGCAUCAUCAAACGAUUCUUGCUUGGGAUAAGCAUGACAGAAAGAUUUAACCUAAGUGCUAGACAGAAAGUGAUACAAAAAUCACAGUUGGGUUCCAAUCUUGAAAACAAGGAAGGAAUCUCCACAGGAAAAGCCCCUUUAAUGUGGAAAUUGCUGCACAAGAAGGUACUUACCCCAGAAGAUCAAGAUGUACAGGAUAACCCCAGAGGGCGCUCAGCCAAGCUUAGAGCAGCUAUCAAAUUAUGAGAAAGCAUCAUCUGAUCUUUCGAGUUUUUCCUCCCAGUUUCCCUUAAUUUUUUUAUGUGAUAUUCCUGAACAGCUUAACAAAAAAAGUGUGGACUGUAUAUAAAUAUGUACUAUAUAUGUGUGGAAAUUGCAGGUGUUUAGCAUUUUUCCUCAGAAAGAAAAUGUAGGAAAUAUUAGCAUGACACAGAAAGUUUGAUUCAAGGAGAAACAUCAUCUCAAAAUUGGAAAAAUGUGUUUAUCUUUGCAUUAUUUGACUUUUGAAAUGCAAUCCUUUAUCAGGAAUUUUUUUUUAAGAAGAAAAAGAAGGAGAAGAAUAUGUGUAUUUAUCUAAAAAUGUAAACUCAAGCUGUCAAAAGAGAGGUUAUAAUUAUAUCUGCAUGCCGAAAUUCUGAAUUUAGAUAUUAAGAUGUGCAAAAGACUUUUGAUAUCUUGAAUAAUUAGUAAUAAUCUUGGAGUGGAUUUUAAUUUUACUACCUGGUAAUAAUUAAUUCCUACUAUAGCUUUUUCAAACAUAGGUACUAUAUAAAUUUAAAAUUUUCAAGUAUUUUAAAAAUGCAUCAUACUGCUAAAUUUCAUUGCUGAAAUAUAGUGUUCAUUGUUUUAAAGGGAUUUUUCAGUAUGAUAUAUGACAUGUUUGCAUAAAUUACAAACUAAAAAUGUAGAGUUGCUCUAAUAACCAUCACAGAGAAUAUUUCACAAAACUUCUAACUCUCAACAUUUGAAUCCUGCAUUUUUAACUGAGCUAUUCAAAAUAAUUAAACCAAGUCAAUUUGAAAUGGAAAAGGUAUAUGGUCUAUUCAAGAUAUUAGAAUCAAUGCACCCCUAAUGUUCUUACGUACAGGCAGUAACUGCAGUUGUAGAAUGUUUGUUUAGGAGAUGUUCACUUAGUUAGGAAUCUUUAAUAAAUUGAUUAAAUUGAUUCAUAAUUCACAUCACUUUUUUAUUCAUAAAUUUCCACUUCUAAUUUAUUCAGUUAUUCAGCAAGUACUGAACAAAUGCAAGUAAAAUACACAUAGCCCACAAUACCUGUCCUAUGUAGUUUAUAGUUUAGUGAAGGAGAGCACCAGUAGUUAAAUAAUCAAAAAAAAUAAUAUAAAAUUGACACAGCAGUAAGUGCUAUAAAAAAGUGGUGGUACAAGGUACAACAAGUACAUGUAGUAGGAAUUUCAUCUACAGAAGGAAACUAGUUCUAACAGUAUGGUGCUUGAUUUAUGACCUGAAGAAUGAAUAAGAGUUAGUCAAAGGGUGUGUGGACAUGUUGACUAAAGGUGCAUGUAAAUGAUUGUGUUCUUAAGUAAUUCUCCUUGAAGUCAUAUUUACACUAUUACUUUGCUCAGCAAAUUAUUCAAAUACAGGAAAAAAAUUAUCUUCUCAAUUAUGAUUACAAAAUCUAAAUUGGUGAAUCCAAGUGAAUAAAAUAUCAGCGUAACUAUAUAGACAAAAGAUAAGAAUUAAGUAUUUCAAUUUACCUCAGACUUUAUCUACCUCUGUAAUAUUUAACUUUAGUUCCCAAGUUUAUUCACUACAUUUAAUUUACAGGCUUCGUUCAAAUCUGAGCAAUUCUUCAGUGGAAUCAGAAUUAGGAAAUAUUCUAGGGAAUAAUGUGUUCAAAUUAGAAACGAAUGAAUGUUAGAUAACCUAGUUUAAUCUUCUGAAUUCUUCCUGAAGAAUUUUGUGUUUCCCUUUGUAAAUGAGAAAGAUUCCCAAAGUUAAGUUCCCAUUUGAGUAUCUGAUUACAAAAUAAAGGGUCAUAUCUGACAUUCAAUAAUGAUUAGCCUAUUUCAUCAAUCAUUUUUGGAUCCCACAUAAUAUGGAAAUUUUUUCAUUAACAUUAAAUGGAAACUGCACUGGAUUGAAUGGCAUCCUCUCAAAGUUCAUGUCCUUUCCAAAACCUCAUAAUGUGACCUUAUUUAGAAAUAUGGCCAUUGUAGAUUUAAGUAGUUAAGAUGAGGUCAUACUGGAGCAGAGCAAGCACUUAAUCUGGUAUGUCUGGUGUCUUUACAAGAAGAGGAGAAGACAGAGACAUGUGAAAGAAUGCCACAUGGAGGGCAAGGUGAAGUGAUACAUCUACUAGCCAAGGGACCCCAAGAAUUGCUGGCAACCAUAAGAAGCUAGGAGAAAAGAAUGAAAUAGAGUCUCUCUGAGUCUUUAGUAGGAACUAACUCUGCUAACACCUUGGUUUCAGACUUGCAGCCUCCAGAGCAAUGAGAGAAUAAAAUAUCUGCUAUUUUAUGCCACCCAAUAUGUGUGGUCAUUUAGUAUGGCAGCUUUAGGAAACUAAAACUGCCAAAAAAACCUUGAAUAAUAUGCAUGGAAAGAAAUCCUGCUUCAAUAAACAAAAUUGAUUUCAAAAUAAUUGUAGUGUAAAUAUAUUUUAGCUAUUUUCUAUAAUAGGCUGUUUACCCCAAUCAUCCUUACCCAAUCAUCACUUCUUGGUCUUAGUUAUAGGAUGAGUAAUAAAACACAUGAAUAAGUUUCAAAUGGUUAGUUCUGGAAGAUCAUUUUGGAAAAUUUGUACAAUGCAUAUAGAAAAUAAAAACAUUAUUAAAAUGAAUGUACAUUUCUAAUAAAAUAUGAUAUUAAA